CCGGCGCUCACAGCGGCCCGUGGGCCGGGCGUCAUGGGCGGCCUCUUCUGGCCCUCGGCGCUGCGGGGGCUGCGCGGCGGCCCGCGGGUCCCGGGCCGGAGCCCGCUCGUGCGCCCCGGUUCGGGAGGGCCCUCCUGGACCCGGGAGCGGACCCUGGUGGCGGUGAAACCAGAUGGAGUGCAGCGGCGGCUCGUGGGGGAUGUGAUCCGGCGCUUUGAGAGGCGAGGCUUCACGCUGGUGGGGAUGAAGAUGCUGCAGGCACCAGAGAGCAUCCUUGCUGAGCACUACCGGGACCUGCAGAGGAAGCCCUUCUACCCUGCCCUCAUCCGCUACAUGAGCUCUGGGCCCAUGGUGGCCAUGGUCUGGGAAGGGUACAAUGUUGUCCGCGCCUCGAGGGCCAUGAUUGGACACACCGACUCAGCUGAGGCUGCCCCAGGAACCAUAAGGGGUGACUUCAGCGUCCACAUCAGCAGGAACGUCAUACACGCCAGCGACUCCGUGGAGGGGGCCCAGCGAGAGAUCCAGCUGUGGUUCCAGAGCAGUGAGCUGGUGAGCUGGGCAGACACAGCCCAGCACAGCAGCAUCCACCCUGCCUGAGGCGCAGGCUGCCUUUACCACCCCAUCCUCCACGCAGGACCCACUACCUCUGUCAGCAAAAACCCAAGCCCACAGCCCUACCCGCCUGCCACAAACAACUGCCCCACCCCAGGCCACCAACUUCAGUGCCUUUCUGUACCCCAAGCCAGCACAAGAUUGGACCAAUCCUUUUUGCACCAAAGUGCCAGACAACCUUUUUGGGGGGGGGUCUUCACAAGUUAGGGUGACCUCUCCUCCUCCAAAGGGGAGGCAUUAAAAUUCACUGUGCCCAGCACAUGGGCGGGGCACUCAUUAUGGUUUCCACCAGCUCUGGGGUAGAAAUGAUGCUUUUAUGUAAGUUGUAUGCAGUUUCAGAGUAAAAAUGAAGUUUUACACUCCUA